ACACUUCAUCCUUCCACCAAUGGGGAGAUGGGAAUAACAAUUUUAGCAUAACAGUUGAGCGAAUCAUUUGUCGUGGUACAGAUGAAAAUGCUACUUCUCAGUUAUUACAUUUAAUUUCACAAACUUAUUUUAAAUAUUGUUCGGGUGAAUGGGUUGGGAAAGUUACGAUUGCGACUUGCGGGGCGCUAACUGUUGGGAUUAGUUUGCAUGCAGCCCGACAGCGGAGGCUGACUGCGGUGGGAUGGGCUGUGAGGUGUUCAAGAUGGCGGCGCCCUGUGGAGUGCAGCUGCUCUAACAGAGGUGCCUGGAGACUGUAUUGGUGGGUGGCCCCGGGAGUCCUCCAGGCAGGCAGGGACAGACACCGUGAGAGAGACGCUGCCUCCACCCCCAGCACUGUCACCACCAUGGCCAGGGAGCAGCCCAACGUGGGGGACCUCCUCCCGCUCCUGGAAACCUCAGACCUCCACCAGCUAGAAGACAUCAGAGGCCUCAUCAACGAGCAGCUCAGCACUGAGAGAGGGUCCAUGCUACUGAACGGGCUGGUGGACUACUUUUUGGAAACUAACUCUGCCCAGGCCAUGCAUAUCCUCUCCUCAGUCAGAGAGCCACACGAUAAGCACCUUCUGGACAAGAUGAACGAGUGUAUGACCAAACAGGCCUGCCGACUGCCCACCCUCACCCUGCUUGGCCAUGUAAUCCGCAAGCAGCCGUCCUGGAUCCACAAGAUUGCUCGAUACCCUCUGCUGCUCUCACUGCUCAAAUGCCUAAAGACGGACACAGACGUAGUGGUGCUGAUAACUGGAGUGCUGGUGCUGAUCACUCUGCUACCCAUGAUCCCUCAAGCUGGGAAACAACACCUGUGGGAGUAUUUCGACAUCUUCGGACGCCUGGCAUCUUGGAACCUUAAGAAUCCCGGGCAUGUUUCAGAGGUUUACCUAAUCCACCUGCAUGCCAGCGUCUAUUCACUCUUCCACCGUCUCUACGGCAUGUACCCGUGCAACUUCGUGUCCUACCUGCGCUCCCAUUACAGCAUGAAGGAGAACAUGGAAACGUUUGAUGAAGUAGUGAAGCCGAUGCUUGAACAUGUUCGUAUUCACCCAGAACUGGUGACGGGAACCAAGGACCAUGAGCUUGACCCCACCAGGUGGAAAAAGUAUGAAAUCCACGAUAUCGUCAUCGAAUGUGCCAAAGUGUCUCUAGACCCCAAGGAGGCCUCCUGUGAGGAGGGCUACGCCACCAUGCCUGAGAACUUUUACCCCCCAAUCCACCUGCGACCACAAGACUGCACUUCCAGCCCCUACACAGACCUCCACAGCAGCUACGGAAGCUCUUCUUCGACCCCGUUCUCGACUCCACGGCAGCCGCUACCCCCGCCCCUGUCCUUGCCCCCCUUCUCAGGGACACAGUCCUCCUACCGCAGCCCACAGACCUCCAGACGGCAGAACUCCACCUGUGAACUCAACUCUUCCUGUGGGGGGAAGGACCCGCUGUGGAGCCCCUCCUCGUUGUGUGGCAUGGCCACGCCCCCUUCCUCCAGGGGCAUUUCGCCCAACUUGGAGCUCUCCCACAGUGCCUCACACCUUCCCAGCCGCUUCCACUGCACAUCAGCAGGAGGGAAAGGAACGCCUGCCUCCAGCACUCCAGCCACCUCUUCCCCACCUCCCACCCUAUCAGAUGACUUCCCCAUAAUCUCCUUACCAGCCAACACAGUCCAGUCCAGUCCACCAAGAAAGGAUCGUCGACAAGGAGAAAGCAGUAAGCCGGCGCUGGUGAGACAGGAACCAGUCAAAGAUACAGAGAAGAGCACAGAAGUAGCCACCAACAGAGAUGCAGGAGCUGCAGAGAACAUCUCUAUGACUUUGACAGAGCUGUCGGUCUUCAUGAAGAAACAGGAGCUGGAGCUCCAGCUGAGAACAGAGAAAGAAAGGGAAGAGGGUGGAGAACCACAAAAAAGUAGGAGUGAAACUGCUUUGGUCUGUUCUCAAACAACUUGGCUAACAACUGCCAUCACAGAGGAGCUGCUGAAGAUCACUGAGGAUAAGCAGGAGCUGUCAGGCCUGAGGGGCUUCGACUCCCCUUUCUAUCACACCACUGAGACUCUGACUGGCUGUCAGGCACAAGACAAGACCCUCUCCAACACCCAGCAAGGAGGCCCCGUCCGGGACACCCACCAUGUUGUAUCGACGCCAGACAAAGCGGAGAACACUGCGAGUACCAGUGGUGUCGGGAGUGAAAGAGGUGGAGGAGGAGGAACAGGAGGAGACAGCAGGAGUUCAGGCCUCGAGCAGUCCUGGUCCUUCCAGUCAGGUUUCACCCCCAUCGAUCACCACCUGCACCGGAGCCCCUCUGCCCCGGACGACGAGGUUGGCAAGUUUGGGAUGUUCUCCCCGAGCCCAUGCAGCAAGACCCCGGCCUCGGUGCCCUAUGAGUUGUUUUUCGACCUGGCUCUGCCCAGAGCGGCCUCGCUCUUCGUGGGCCAGAAGACGUCGGAGGCAGUGCACAAGGCAGCGAUGGAGAGGCUGUCGCAGUGGGAGGAGGGGUUGGAGGACGGUGAGGAGGAAGGGGUAGUGUCUGCUUCACCACUGGAGGUGCUGGAUCGCCUUGUUCAGCAGGGGAGCGACACCCAUGAUAAAGUGCUCAAGAGAGCCUGCCCGAGUUGUUUCCAGUCUAUUACUGCAGCCGAAAGGAAACACCCAGUUGAAAACAAAUUACCUUUGCCAAGUAAGUCAGCUGACUGGACGCACUUUGGAGGCUCAGCUCCGCUAGACGAGCUUCACACGCUGCGCAGCCAGCUGCUCCUGCUGCACAACCAGCUGCUGUACGAGCGCUACAAGAGGGAGCAGCACGCCGUCCGCAACCGACGCCUCCUCCGACGCAUCAUCAACGCCACUGCACUGGAGGAGCAGAACAACGCUAUGAAGGACCAGCUGAACCUGCAGAGUGUGGACAUCGUGUCUCUGAGGGAGAGUCUGCAGGUGGAGCAGCAGCGGUACAGGCAGCUGUGGGACGACCGGGAGACGGUGGUGACCAGGCUGCACAGUCAGAUCAGACAGCUGCAGCAGGGACGAGACGAUUACUACACCAAGAACCAGGAGCUCCAGAGCAAGCUGCAGGAGUGUCAGAAAAGGAUGGACGAACUGGAGGCGGAGCUUCAGAGGGCCAACAACAAAGUCUGCCACACUGGUCACCUCCUCAACCAGAUGACUAUCAAGCUGAGCAACAGUGAGAGCACCCAGCAGCAGAUGAGCUUCCUGAACAAGCAGCUGCUGCUCCUCGGGGAGGCACAUAAGCUGUCCAUGCAGGAGUUACAUCACGCAGGCGCCGAUAAUACAAAGGAGGCCCAGAUGCUGCAGGUUUCUUAUGGGAAAGAGGUGGAGACACUGAGGCAGAACCUGCUGGUUCAGGGUCAAAAACUGGAGGCAGCGCAGCAGAGAGUUGCCGAGCUGGAGACGCACCUCUCCAAGAAGGAACACCUCAUCGUCGAGCAGAAGAAGUUCCUCGAGGAUGUAAAAUGUCAAGCGAAGGCGGAGCUGCAGGCCUCAGACAGCAGAUAUCAGGCUCAGAGGAGAAUCACUCAGCUGCUGCAGACUGAACUCCUGCAGCUCUACAGCAGAGUGGAGAUGGAGGCUCCUGCCAGUACCGCCACCAGUUCGCCACCAGGCGGCAGAGCUGACCCACACACUCAUGCUAACUCCAGUGUCAUGGUGCCAGAUGGACCAAGUAAAACUCACACCAGUGAGGAGGCGGACAGUAGGCCACCACACGACUCCCCCCUCGGCAACGGCUGCACUUUAUCGUCAGGGCAACCAAAGGCGAGCAACUCUUCCAAGACAACAGCCAACGGCAGCCAGGACCUGGCCCCGCCCCUGCUGGUAGAGCCCUCCCUGUCCUGUCCCCACACUAACCCGCUCGCACCCCAGCCCCCCUCUGACGCGCCGCUCACCGUGGGCUCCUACCCCAGCGCCAAGAGCUUCCUGGGCAUGAGGGCGCGCGAGCUGUUCCGCAACAAGAGCGAGAGCCAGUGUGACGAGGAGCAGCCGCCGCCACGCCUGGCCGGCCUUGCCCACGGCCUGAAGACUGAGCUGUGCGUGGAGCCGCCCUGCCCGGGUUAUAUUGCCCCCGUCGCCCUUGCACCUUCCCCCAUCCCGACUCCGCCCACCGCCCCAGCCCCUGCCCCCACCAUUCCUCUCACUGUGCCCACCAAGGAGCCCCCCUCUGAGCCCAAGCAGCGGGCCUCCAGCCAGGAAAGCCCCCGCAGGAAGGUAGGCGCAGGGCCAGGUGGAGGGCGAGGGCAGGCAGGGUCUGGGCGCCCCCGGCAGCAGCAGCUUAAGAUCAUGGACUACAAUGAAACACAUCACGAGCACAGUUAGAGACACAGAACUGAGCCGGGACGCAGGGCGGAGAUGGAGAGCCUGAAGUUUAACGAUGGACAAGAGCUACAAAUCAGCGAAAAAGUACCAUGUCAGCAACUCUUUGGAAUUCAGUGUUAUAUGUUCCAUUCCUCUGAGUGGACAACAGGAUUUCCCCCAAUGUUUUUCUACUUUUUUUUUUCUUUUUUCUUUUUUAUACUGAUUCAUUCCCCUGAAGAAUUUUGACAAAGUUAUGGGGGUACAAAGUCGAUGUGUUGUUAGCAGUGGAGAUGCUACACUUAUGAAUUCGGUUGUGAGACAAAGAUGCUCAAAGAUAUGCCGACAGGAUGUGGUCGAAGUUAUCAAUAAGUUACAUGUGACUCUGUGAGUCUGAUGUUUUUAAAGGGUCAGUUCACCCAAACUACAAAUAUGUACAUUUUCACACUUGGCUAGUUUUGCUUUAAUUACUCCAAAUUUUGAGAAAUGUCUCUGAGAUGUAUGCCAAUAUAGUGGAAGUGAAUGCAAUUUUGUGGUGCUCACAGUAUUGAAAGAUUAAAUUUAAUACAUAUAUAUAAUUUUUUUUUUUUUUUUUUAAAUUCAGCAGCAACUUGCCUUCUGACACAGUUUCACAGUUACUUUGGAUAAUCCACAGACCUUUCUGAGAACAAUUUUCAUUGGAACUACUCUCUACUGAAGAAAUGGUCCCUUUGAAAAUAGUUCAGAGGUCAUCUUUUAGAUUUAAAAAGACAUUUUUAAAUGCUGUGAGCACCACAAAUGAAGUUCCUUUCACCUCCAUUGUGUUGGCUGUGGAGACAGGAAUCUCAAAACUUGGAUAAAUAAAACCUAAACUAUCUGCUCUAGUCGAUACCACUGGAGCUAAGUGAGAAAAUGUUUUUUUUGUAAUUUAGGUGUACUGACCCUUUAGAAUGUAAACACUACCACUUCUAAUCAAAUCAGAUAUUAAAAAGCAGCAGAAGAGCAAGAGAUGUUACAUUUGUCAUAAUCGUCUGUUAGGUGUGCUUUGGCAUUGACCCUGGACCGAAAUAUGGUUUUGAUAUCAGAGUACAUGUUGAGCGAGUGUUACAUCAGAGCGGUUGAGUUGAUCAGUACAUAGAGAUGUUUGGUUUGUUCUGGGGAAACCUUGGAGGGUGACUUUAUCGUUGCUGGACUGAAUUGGAAAACUAACAUUUCCUUACUCCAUUGAGUUUUUGUCCAAUAUAAGUCAGAAGGAGAAUGUGUUUUGUUUGCGAGUAUGUGAGCGUGUAGGUGAUGCAGUCAUGUUGGUUCUCGUAUUUCAGCAAAAAUGCAAUUAGGAAAGUGUAUGAAAUUUAGAAACUGAUGAAAUUUUAUGCAUUUUUAUGAAUCCCACAUUCUAUCGUACCUUUUAUUUUUUAUUUAUUCAGCCAUGAAGGGUACUCACAAGUACAUAUCCUAAAUCUGAAUCAGAUCGGGCAAGUGACACAAGCCCAAGCUAUAAAAAAAUCAUCUUUUUUUCUGUUCAAGAUGACCAACUGAAAAUUUUGAACUGCCAUGCAAACAUUUGUGUUCAGGCUGAAUACAAAGAUCUCUUAACUGAAGUGUUGUUUCUCAUGUUGCGUGUACAUUCAGCUGGUACAGCGUGGGAAACAAAACCAAAAACAUUGUGUCCAAUCAGGUUCCCUUCGGCAGGUCUGAUAAACAUAGAAUUACCUCGUUUCUUCUAAGUAUUAGAAGUAAACUCCGGUUUUGAAAGUCGUCUAAAUCCUGUUGUCCACUGGGAACUCCUGCUGUCACUUCCUUUUGCCUCGCUAUCUAAAGCAUGUUCAACAAUCCACUUUAAAUGCCAACCGUAGUAACUACAGCAAACCAAGACAGAAGGUACAAUCAGCACAAACUGAAGAAACCAGGACUCUUGACCAGAGCUGGAGAAUCUGUGAGAAAAUGGCAAAAAAAGGAAGUUCUUAAAGCAGUGGCUUGUGUUUAACUGUGAACAAUAAAGAUCGUCUUCAAUGUUUUGCACUACAA